AUGUGCAUUUCAACACCCACCUUCAGUCCAUUCACAACAAAGCAGUUCGACACGUACCUACUGGAGAGUCCGAACAUUACAGGGCCAUUCCGCUACAUCAGCUACCUUCGGGAGUUUGGCCCUGAAGCAUACUUCGUGAGCAUUCCCAGCAAGUUCCUUGCGAAGUCAACGGCCUCAGAUGGCUCUCUUCGCCUCUUCCU